UUUUCAAUUUUUUGUAUUCGCCGCGUCAAAAAUUUUCACCCUUAGUAACAGCCGCGUCAGUGUAAACAUUGAGGAAUACACUAGGAUGUACAGAUGUUGAUUUGUUUCAGGUCGAUAUCACAGGAAAACAUUACCUUAAUUCUAUAUUGACUGGAUUGAAAGUGUCUAUAGAUUGUUUGUUUCAGACAAAAUCAGCCAUGUAUUGCACGUACAGAAGUCACUUUACCCCAAGCUAUAGUUACAGUUACCCGAGCUACGGUUACGGGUCUCUGUAUGGUUAUGGCUACGGGAAUUCCGGGUCCUACUAUAGCAGUUACUACCGUAGCCGCAGUAGAAGAAGGAAGAAUUACUGGGACAGAUACACGGACAUGUGCAAUAGGUGGAGAAGAAACAGACGUGACAGAAGAUCGCCUUCUCCUCCGAAACCAGAAACACCCCCUCUGCCAACUAUACCAGAAGUUCCGACAGAAGAACUGGUAAAAGAACUUCAUGUGAAAGAUGUUGACCUUCACAUUAAGGAAAAUACAGAGAAACACAGAACUGAUGAGUACGCCUGUACGAAGGACAGAAAGGUUGAUGGAAAACCAGAAUCGGCGGAACUGGUUGUACGUCGCGGAGACACAAUAAAAAUGACAAUCACUUUCGAUAGACCUUACAGCAAGGAGAAGAACGACUUAAAAUUAUGUUUCUCGUUAGGAAAGAAUCCUAAACCAUCUCGAGGUACUCAAGUUGUUUUUGACAUUGACGAGUCUGGAACGAAGAAGUUUAAGCCUGACAAAUGGGGUGCAACUUUACAGAGCAAGUCUGGAAAUAAUGCCACAAUUUUGGUGCAUAUUCCUGCCAACUGUAUUAUUGGGGAAUGGAACUUUUAUGUGAAGACAUUUAGUGAAGGAAAGGAUAAGGAAGGGAAAGAAAAAACACUCAUUAGACAGUUCGAGCCUGAUGAUGACAUCAUAAUUCUCUUUAACCCUUGGUGUAAAGAGGACGGUGUAUAUAUGGCUACUGAAAAAUUGCUCGACGAAUAUAUCUGUAAUGAAAGCGGAGCUGUUUGGAGAGGAAACGGAUACCAAAUAGGCGCAAAACCCUGGAAUUUCGGACAGUUUGGGGAAGGUAUCCUUGAUAUUUGCUUGCUUCUUGUCACAAGUGGAUUUGACGAUGAUAGGUUAAAACAUAUGUCAGAUCCGGUCAGGGUCAGCAGGAUGAUUGCAAAAAUGGUGAAUUCGUCGGACGACAAUGGAGUUUUGACGGGAAACUGGAGUGGCGAUUACACAGGCGGUACCCCGCCAGGAAAAUGGGCCGGAAGCUAUAAAAUUCUGACGCAGUGGCGAGAGAGUGGUCCCGUCAAAUUUGGACAGUGUUGGGUGUUUUCCUGUGUCACAACAACAGUUUGUAGAGCACUUGGCAUUCCAUGUAGAACGGUAACAAACUUCUCCUCAGCGCACGACACUGAUCAGACCAACUGCAUAGAGAAAUUUUUCCAGCGAAUUGGUAAUGAAGAUGAACCUAUUGACCACUUAAAUAAUGACUCUGUUUGGAAUUUCCACGUGUGGAACGAAGUAUGGAUGGCACGACCUGACCUAAAACCUAGCUUCCCGUACGGCUGGCAAGUAAUUGAUGCCACACCACAGGAAACAAGCGAAGGUGUUUACACAUGUGGCCCCUGUCCAGUAGCAGCUGUAAGGAAAGGCCUCUGUAUGACAAAUUAUGAUACGGCGUUUGUCUUCUCGGAAGUAAAUGCAGAUAAAGUACACUGGCGUGUUCAUUCGGGCGACAGGCUUGAACGAAUAGAGCUUUUCAAGCACUCGGUAGGAAAGAAAAUCAGUACCAAAACGCCAACUGGGAAACCGUUUUCGUAUAGGCGCAUUCCUAAUGGCAAACGGGAUGAUCAUGCAGAGGCCAACCGAGAUGAUGUAACUCUGGCGUAUAAGCCAGCAGAGGGCACGGAGGAGGAGCGUGAAACCGUUAUGCAAGCACACAGAACGGCCCGCUUCCCGGUUCCUGAGACGUAUAAGGAAAAAGAAAAAAUCAAGCCUGUUGAAUUCCACCUAAACCAUGACAAUAGCGUGAUGAUAGGAGGUAAAAUGCUGGUAGAGUUGACAGCGAAGAACAAUGGGAGAUACGAAAGAAAGAUACCUGUUGUGGCUAUAACAGCUUUUCCACAAGGAUACACUGGAAAUUAUGGAGAAAUGUUCCAUCGGAAACAUUUUAUGGGAGGAGCUACGUUGAAGCCAGGAGAAGAGAAAAGUUUUGGAACAGUUAUGGACCCAGAGGAGUAUUUGGACAAACUGAAAGAACAAGCAAGUAUCAGUAUUGUUGCCACAGCUUAUGUUGAAGGUAUUGAUGAUGAAGAGGAACAAACGCUUAGAAAGGAACAUACUGUCAGAUUCCGACGACCUGAUCUAGAAGUGGAGGGUCCGGACGAAGUGAGGAAUGGAGACUGUGCGACAUUCGUGGUUAGUUUCACUAAUCCGCUAGACCGACCACUGACAGCUUGUAAUAUGUCAAUGGAAAGUGCCGGCUUUGUAGACUUGGACGAUCUCCGUUGUCUUGAUGUUCAACCUAAAGGAGAGUUUAGACAGGAAUUUAGGCUGGAUGCCAUUAAACCAAAGAAAACUGCUGCCGUGUAUUUUAGUUUCGAUUGCAAGGAAAUUCCGGACAUUUCUGGGUCGACAGAUAUACGAAUUACCUAAUAAGGCAGAAUUUCUACAGCGCCGGAAUCGGAAGUAUUGAAAACAUUGUGAUAAAUUAUUUAUUGUUUCCUAUACCGGAAGAUUAUUUCUAAUUUAAAGUUCUUCUUAAUAUGCAUUCUUACCCAAAACAAAAAAAAGAAGAAGAAAUAUCUGUGAUGGCUUUUAUGCUUACAUUCUGACUAAAUCAUAUACCUAUUGAAUGAAUUAUGAACUAGUAAAUUCUGUUUUCUUAGAAGUGUACUUGAGUAGUUAGAUUUAUUGUUUGUUUAUUGAAGUGUUUCUUAGAAACAGAUUUUUUGGGGAAAAAGAACAACUAAUAUCUAUAAAAAUGUAUUUUGGUAAAAAUGUACUAAUUUUAGAAGUGAGCUGGAAAAGUUAAAUUGAUGGGUUGUUCCUUCAGUGUUCUUAAACAGAUUUUAAGUAAAAGUGAUUAACAUCAAUUAAUUAAAAAAAAUUUUUCUUUUCACUAAAAUGGAUACUAGAGAAAUUAAAUUUGUUUUUAGUCACAGCGAAAACAAAACCGCUGGAGCUCUAAAUUUCCGUGAUGGGUUCAGUAGUAAAAAGUAAUGUUUGUUAUAUUUUAAAUCUGCAACAGAGUUAUCAUUUCAAAGUGAAAUGUAUUUAGUUGACUAAACACUGCAUUAUCUUUUCGACAAAACAAUAUAUAUUAUAUAUAGUCAUUGUAACAGGCGACGAUCUCCAGUGGCAGCAACACUUUUUUAUUAAAAAUGUCACAGUGUCACAUAAAUAGUUUGAUAUAAUAUUGAAAAUGAAAUUUCCUACUGAUUUAAAAAGAACAUUACUGAAAUGACACGUGUCACUCAUUUUAUCAAAUGAAUCAAAAGAGAUUUUUUUUUGCAAAAAUAUAUGUUGACAUAAUGAAAUUGCAACAUUCCAGUUUUAGUCUGAACAGUCAAACCUGUAUUAAAGACCACCUUCUAAUGACACGUGUCACUCAUUUUAUCAAAUGAAUCAAAAGAGAUUUUUUUUUGCAAAAAUAUAUGUUGACAUAAUGAAAUUGCAACAUUCCAGUUUCAGUCUGAACAGUCAAACCUGUAUUAAAGACCACCUUCUAAUAACGAACACUAUGGAACCUGAUCUUACCGGCUAUUGUUUUCUCUUCUCGUUUAACUAUAAAUAAUGAAAAUCUACCCGUAUUGAGACACCAUUUAUCAGCUAAAAUCGCCUUCUAUUUGCGGAGAGUGGUUUUCACAGAAACGUGAAUGUAUAGGUUGCAAUUUGCAUAUGUUUGACUGUAUACAUAAUCAUAUUUCUAUAUUGAUAUACAAUACAAAGACAUUAAGAAUGUCUAAGACAUUGCUCAACUUUCCUAUUUCAUUUUUAGCUCACCUGUCACAUAGUGACAAGGUGAGCUUUUGUGAUCACCCUUCGUCCGUCGUCAGUCCGUCCGUCCGUGCGUCCGUGCGUGCGUCAACAAUUUCUUGUCUGCACGAUAGUGGUUUCAUUUAUGAUUUUAUUUUAACCAAACUUGCACACAACUUGUAUCACCAUAAGAUCACGGCUCCUUUCUUGAACUGGCCAGAUCCCAUUAUGGGUUCCAGAGUUAUGGCCCCUGAAAGGGCCAGAAUUAGCUAUUUUGACCUUGCCUGCAAAAUAGCAGCUUCAUUUAUGAUUUGAAUUUAAUCAAACUUGCACAAAACUUGUGUCACCAUAAGGUCUCGGUUCCUUUCUUGAUCCGGCCAGAUUCUAUAAUGAGUUCAGAGUUAUGGCCCCUGAAAGGGCCAAAAUUAGCUAUUUUGACCUUGUCAGCACAAUAGCAGCUUCAUUUAUGAUUUGAUUUUAACCAAACUUGCACACAACUUGUAUCACCACAAGAUCUUGCUUCCUUUCUUGAACUGGCCAGAUUCCUUCAUGGGUUCCAGAGUUAUGGCCCCUUAAAGGUCCAAAAUUGGCUAUUUUGACUUUUGCAGCCAUAUAGAGACUUCAUUUAUGAUUUUAUUUGAUAUAAACUUCCAAAAUAUCUUCAACAACAAUAAAUCUUAGAUUCCAUGACAAAUCAGAUCCAAUCGUAGGUUCCAGAGUUAUUUUAUAUCUGAUUACCUCCCCUGAUUGUAAUCAAAAUGGAUUUAUAUCAGUAAGUACUUAUAGGACUUAUUUGAAAUUUCGUCAUGUUAUUAGUUGGACUGAGACAAUCAGGGUAGAUAACUAUGGACUGAUUUUAUGUCAAAUUACCUCCCUUUAUUUCAAAUUAAAAUGGGUAUAUCUCCGUAACUAAUGAAGUUACUGAUCUGAAAUUUCAUUUAUGUCAACAGAUUUAUUUGGCAGAUCCUUCUUGUGUUCACUUACAAUAUUUUUUUUUAUUACUUCCCUUUUAUGUAACAAUAAAUAGCCUUUUUUUAGUAACUUUUUUAUUAUUUGCCGUAGGGAAAAACCAAGACCACUUUUCUGUGGUACAACAUGGAUGGUACCUCCAAUUUUUAGGUGUAUUUUGACAUAUCUAUACCUUGUAAGAUUUUUUUUUCUUUUUGGUUAAAUUUCUUCCAUGUUGUUCCUGUCCUUUGGACUUAAAUAUUUUUUCUGAGGGCCUUCUUGUCCUCAAGAGCAAUGAUAACAGGUGAGCGAUAUAGGGCCAUCAUGGCCCUCUUCUUAAUGUACUGAUUAUUAUAUAUGUAUAUAUAGUUAUUUUCACAACCGAUAUACUUGUUUGAAUAUUACUUAUAUAUUUUUCUUGCUUUUACAUGAGUUUUGCAAGCUUCACUUAUGUGCCAUACUAAAGUUUCACCUUUUUACUUCCUUUUACUAUAUUUCUGAAAAAAAAUCUAAGAAAAACGCAA